UGAGUCCAUGACAUUAUAACGUAAGAAGCAUUUUUGUAAUUUGGUAGAUACACAGAUUUUAUCUACCAAAUUUCAAACAAUCGUUCUAUAAAUAGACAUAACCUUCGGAUAAUUCACAAAACAAGAAGCAAUGGAACUUCUAUUUCUGGGUAUAUCUUUCAUUACCUUCCUCUUCCUCCUCCAUGGCUUUGGCCUCUACCGUGCAAGGAAACUACCGCCAGGUCCUGCCGGCCUCCCCAUCAUCGGAAACCUUCUUGAAAUUGGACCCAAACCGCAUGAGUCUCUUGCAAAACUCUCCCACAAAUACGGCCCACUCAUGACAAUCCGAUUAGGCAGCAUCACCCGCGUGGUGGCAUCUACACCCAACGCCGCCAGAGAAAUCCUCCAACACAACGACGAUGCAUGCUCUGGCCGAUUUGUCCCGGACGCAGUCACCGCCAUGGAUAACUAUGACUCGGCGGUUCUAUGGAUCUCUGCAAACCAAGAGUGGCGGAGCAUGCGCAAAGCUCUCAACAUAUCCCUAACCCACCAACACAAACUGGACACUCUCCGUGACGUUCGCCAGAGCGUGGUGGAGGGCAUGGUGGAGUUUCUUCAUCAGUCUGGGCGGAAGAAGGUGGGGGUGGAUAUCGGAAACUUGGCAUUUGCGGUGGCGCUCAACCAGAUGUCCAACACAUGCGUUUCAAAGAACGUGGCCAGCUAUGAAUCCGAUGAUGUAGAGGGGUUCAAGACUGCGGUGAAGACUCUGAUGGAGGUGGACGGGAAGUUUAACAUAGCAGACAUAUUUCCGGUUUUAAAGCCGUUGGACCCGCAGAACAUAAGGCGGCAAGCGAAGGUUGCUUAUGGUUGGUUAGAUAAAGUAACAGAAGGUUUCAUAAACGAGAGGUUAAAGCAUCGACAGUUGAAGCUUCCGAGGUUUGGUGAUAUGUUGGAUUCACUGCUGGACUAUAGUGAAGAUAAGGAAUCCGACUUAAAUCUCAUACACGUCAAGUCUUUAUUUGUGGAUUUGUUUUUAGCAGGAACCGAAACAAGUUCAAACACAACAGAAUGGACAAUGACUGAACUGCUACUAAAUCCAGAUAUGUUCUUAAGAGUUCGUGAAGAAGUUUCCACAACAAUAGGGAAAGAUGGGAAAAUUCAAGAAGCCAUACUCCUUGACUUGCCUUAUUUGCAAGCUGUAAUCAAAGAAACGAUGCGGCUUCACUUAUCAGUGCCUUUAUUAGCUCCUCACAAAACUGAGACCGAAGUUAAACUCGAUAAAUAUAUUGUGCCAAAAAACACACAAAUUCUGGUGAACGCAUGGUCCAUAGCACGUGACCCAAGAUAUUGGGAGAAUCCAUUAAUGUUCGAUCCAGAAAGGUUCUUGGGAGGUAAGUUCGACUAUAAAGGUCAAAAUUUUGAAUUUUUACCAUUUGGCUCGGGCAAAAGGAUGUGUCCGGGUAUUAGUUUGGCUAAUCGGGUUGUGAGUUUAAUGGUGGCUUCCUUUGUAUAUCAUUUUGAUUGGGAGCUUCCUCAUGCCAGAGAAGAAAUGGACAUGAAUGAUAUAUUUGGCCUUGCGUUGCUUAGGGCAACACCUCUAGUUGCCACUCCUAUACCCAUGAUUCCGUGAAAUACACAAAGGGAUGAAGAGAGGAUGAAUCUACUAUUAAUUAUUGUCAAUAAAUUACUGCUCAAUGUAUGAAGGGUGUAAGUCCAGUUAUUGUGUAAGGUAUAACUGAUACUUGUAACCUAAGCGUUUAUUACUAUAAAUUUAUAGAUAUGAUUUGUAUAUCA